UUAUUUUACUUACCAUAAUCACUCUCCACUGAUGAAGGAUCUUUGCAAGUUCUACCAAAAAGAGGAGCAGCAGCUACAGAGCGAAUCUUCAGUUGCGAGAAAUAGCAGAAACAGAUCUAAACAAACAACACCUCGCAGAUCCUGGCUAUCAUACGAAGUGAUAUUUUGAUGGAAGGAUUGGUGCAUUCACGUAUUACCCCAAUUCCUCCUCAUUAUAGGCAACAAAACUGUCUUUCCUUUCCCACGUUUUCAUUGCAAUUGACUAAUAAUUCAAAUAGUGGUCGAAUUUCUGUAAUGAAUCGUCCUAAAUCAUUCUCUCCAAUUGCUGCUUCGAACCAACCAGUAGAAGCCUCAACAUUGGAUCGCUUCAAUAACACGCUGCCUUCCCAAGAGGCUCUUGAGCUGUGGAGAAAGGCUGAUGCCGUGUGCUUCGAUGUGGAUAGCACCGUAUGCCUAGAUGAAGGAAUUGAUGAACUUGCAGAAUUUUGUGGAGCAGGAAAGGCUGUUGCGGAAUGGACUGCAAGGGCAAUGGGUGGCUCUGUUCCUUUUGAGGAAGCUUUGGCUGCUAGACUUUCUUUGUUCAAACCUUCAUUAUCACAAGUUCAAGAUUUUCUUGAGAAGAGACCGCCAAAACUUUCCCCUGGCAUUGAUGAGUUGGUCAAGAAGCUGAAGGCUAAUAAUGUCAAUGUUUAUCUGAUCUCUGGAGGCUUCCGUCAAAUGAUCAAUCCUGUUGCAUCAAUCCUUGGGAUUCCACCUGAUAAUAUUUUCGCUAAUCAAUUGCUGUUCAAAAGUUCUGGAGAAUUUCUGGGUUUUGAUGACAAUGAGCCUACUUCAAGGAGUGGUGGAAAAGCCAUUGCAGUGCAACAAAUUAAGAAAGCUUAUGGAUACAAGACACUAGUCAUGAUUGGAGAUGGUGCUACUGAUCUUGAGGCUCGUCAACCGGGAGGCGCUGACAUAUUUAUUUGUUAUGCUGCUGUUCAACUUCGUGCGGCUGUAGCUGCAAAAGCGGAUUGGCUGGUAUUCAACUUCAAAGAUUUGAUAAAUUCCUUGAACUAGCUUGUCUCCUCUGAAAUUAUUUUAACUAUAUAUAAACUGUAUAAUUUGUUAUAAGGCCAUAGCGGCCCCUGCAUUACUAUUUUUUCUGUUCUCCUAAUAGCUUUCGUGUAUUAUUUAUGUUUCUUCUAGUCACUUUUGCGGUGUUAAGGAUUGUGUAAAAACUCAAAUUGAAAUAUGAGUGAAGAGUGUGCAAUUGCUAUUCUGUUUGCUCAGUAAAUACAAAAUGUAAACUUUUCAGCUUCA